CAAUUAAUAGCACCCAAAGAAAAUAAACCACUUCCGUGUUCUUCUUCAUCUCCAUCAUCCAACCCCUCAACUACUUGUACUGUAUCUAUAUCUAUCAUUCUAUAUAUCUACUUCAUAUUUCUAUCUAUACAUUCAAAUUAAUAAAAACAAAAUGGUAACUGAAGCAGCAAACGGAAACACACUCACCGGACAACAACAAACCACUACCACCACCUCCGCCACUUACAAACUCGUCGGCUUCAAAAACUUCAUCCGUCAAAACCCUAAAUCCGACAAAUUCACCGUCAAAAAAUUCCACCACGUCGAAUUCUGGUGUUCCGACGCCACCAACACCGCCCGCCGCUUCUCUUGGGGUCUCGGCAUGCCGCUUCUUUACAAAUCCGAUCUCUCCACCGGUAACAACACUCACGCUUCUUACCUUAUUAACUCCGGCCAGCUCAACUUCCUCUUCACCGCACCUUAUUCCACCACCAUCUCCACCACCGGUUCCACAUCGUCUAUUCCUACUUUCUCUCACACUGCUUGCCGGAACUUCACCGCCACUCACGGCCUCGCUGUACGGUCUAUCGCCGUUGAAGUUGAAGACGCUGAAAUCGCUUAUUCUGUUAGUAUCGCUCACGGUGCUAAACCGUCGUCAGCUCCGGUCACUCUAGGAAAUAACGACGUCGUUUUGGCUGAAGUUAAACUGUACGGCGAUGUCGUUUUGAGAUAUGUUAGUUUUAAAAACACUAAUUAUGAUGUUACUACUAAUUUCCUACCGGGUUUUGAGCCUGUGGACGCAACGUCGUCGUUUCAUGAACUUAAUUACGGAAUUCAUAAGUUAGAUCACGCCGUAGGAAACGUGCCGGAGCUAGCUCCGGCAGUAGACUACGUGAAGUCCUUCACUGGAUUUCACGAAUUUGCUGAAUUUACGGCAGAGGAUGUAGGAACGAGUGAGAGCGGGCUUAAUUCGGUUGUAUUAGCGUGUAAUAGUGAAACGGUUUUGAUACCGAUGAACGAGCCAGUUUAUGGAACGAAAAGGAAGAGCCAGAUACAGACGUAUUUGGAACAUAAUGAGGGAGCUGGUGUGCAGCAUUUGGCGUUGGCGAGUGAGGAUAUUUUUAGGACUUUGAGAGAGAUGAGAAAACGGAGUAGUAUCGGUGGUUUUGAGUUUAUGCCGUCUCCACCGCCUACUUAUUAUAAGAAUUUGAAGAAUAGGGUCGGGGACGUGUUGAGUGACGAACAGAUUAAGGAAUGUGAGGAAUUGGGGAUUUUGGUUGAUAGAGAUGAUCAGGGAACUUUGCUUCAGAUUUUCACCAAGCCUGUUGGUGAUAGGCCAACUAUAUUCAUAGAGAUUAUUCAGAGAGUAGGGUGUAUGCUGAAAGAUGAUGAAGGCAAGGUGCAACAGAAGCCAGGCUGUGGAGGAUUUGGCAAGGGCAAUUUCUCAGAGCUCUUCAAAUCUAUUGAAGAAUACGAGAAGACGCUGGAAGCACGAAACACCACUGAACCAACUGCCACUGCAUGAAAACUGCCUAUGUAUAAUGUUUAUAUCUUCUUGACUCAAAGAACAUGAUUAUCACCAUAUGUAUUUGUGGAUUAUGUACAAUUGAAUGAAACAAUGCAAUACCAUAUGUGAUGUGAUUUAUAUAGAAUAACAAUAGAUGUCAUUCAUA